GUUGCAUUUUAAAUUAUUCUGAAACUUUGGGACACAUGUUCAUACCAAGAACAACUUUGUUAGCAAAUUGUUUCCUAUGAGCUUGCUGGUAGGAAACACACUUUUUGGUAUUGUUACAUGUAACAACUAGCAGCAAAAUGAUUAUAGUCUUUUUUUCUUAAGUGGAAAGGAGGAAUGGAAGCUAGGAGGAAAUAAAUUGCUAACUCGAAGGAACCAGUAACAAUUUAUACUCUAUCUGAAGUGUGGUCUGUUGUAUUAGAAUAAGUAAUUUAUUAAGUGGACCAGAGUAAUAUAGUGGAACGUGCAUCACCUUAGAUAAUAACUGAUUCCUUAAGAUUACUUGAAGAAAUUUCAGUCAGGAAAAAACAAUUGCCCAAUUGUUUUCUUGAAUUUAUUAAACCCAAUUAAAAAUAACAUUUUGAAGAAAAUAAUCUCCCCAAAUCACAACAUCCAACAAUUCUUUUUUGGUGGGGGGCGGGGGCGCGCUGUGGGGCAUGCGGUAUCUUAGUUCCCCGGCCAGGGAUCGAACCAGUGUCCCCUGCAGUAGAAGCACAGAGUCCUAAACACUGGACCGCCAGGGAAGUCCCCAACAAUUCUUGAAUGAGAUCCAGUUUGUCCAUUUCUUAUAAAUAAGUCUAUAACUUAGUAUGCUUUAGGGCCUCCUGCUACCUUAGUUGACACAUAUUCAAGAAAAAUAAUUUGUUUCAAUAGUAGCGUAAACAAACAUCAUUAGAAAGAAAUUUACUGGAGACAUGAAUGCAAUCUAAUAUGAUUUUUAAAUUAUUUCUGCCAUUAAUUCCUACCAUUAGUGUGAAUAAUUGAGUUGGUUUUAUAGUGAAGUAGCUUGUGAGUCAUACUUAAGGGUUUUAAAGAGGGACUGUGAAGUUUUUUCUGGCUUACAUUCAAUUAUGUUUUCAUUAUAGAGUUGCUAUUACAUGAAGAGGAGCCAGUGAACACUUUUCUUAUUCCCUGCUAUUUUAAAAAUAAUUUGAUUAUUGAUUUGUAUUUCUAGCAUUGGUUUUUGAACUUUGUGCUCUCAUCCUUUCUAGUGCAUUUAAAAAUCACCACUUAAGAUGACAGCUGAUUAAAAUUGGCCUUUAUUAAGGUCUUUCAGUCUUCUCAAGGAGGAAGGCCACGUUUUGGCUCUAGUUGCUUGUCAUUUUAAGGAUGUCUUCAAAAUGUACAGUGGCUAAAGUUAUCCUGCAGGCAGUAAUUUUGAGUUUAAGAUGGCUGUAUUUAAGUUUGGGGGAGAAUAAUGGAAAAACAGAAAACAAAUCACCUUUGAGUGAUGGUUCUUACAGUGUCCAUCCAUUUUUAGGGCAAUCCCUGGAGCUGUAUCUCUUACCUGGUCUCUUUCCUCUCUACUCUAUAUCUUUGCGUUAUUUCAUAUAAUACUUGAAAAAAAAGUCAUGUAGUAUUAAAAACAAAGUACUACCGAACAAAGUGAUAAAUAGGUUUUCUUAACCCUUUCUUUUCUAAUUACAGGAACCUUUAAGCUUACAAUAGAAUUCACUGAAGAAUAUCCGAAUAAGCCACCUACGGUUAGAUUUGUCUCUAAGAUGUUUCAUCCAAAUGUCUAUGCAGAUGGUAGUAUAUGUCUGGACAUACUUCAGAACCGUUGGAGUCCAACAUAUGAUGUGUCUUCCAUUUUAACAUCCAUACAGUCUCUUUUGGAUGAACCCAAUCCCAAUAGUCCAGCAAACAGCCAGGCUGCUCAGCUGUACCAGGAGAACAAGCGGGAGUAUGAAAAACGUGUUUCUGCGAUAGUAGAACAGAGCUGGCGUGACUGUUGACCCGGGUGCAGGAAAAGAAGCAGCUGGUCAUAAGAAAAAUAUAUAUUGAUGUGUUUGUCACCUUCCUAUUCGUCAGUGUCAUUACAUUUACUUUAUUAAAAGCAAAAUAGCUGUUGUGCUGUUUCCAUCUUCCCUUGCCAGGCUUUUCCUACCCCUUCUACCCUCUCCUUAAACAUCAGAAAACACCCUCUAUGAGAUCAAAUGUACUGUACCUGGGUUACGUGCAAAAAGUCACUAGUGCUUAAUUCCUUUUCUGUUGUGUCUCAUUUCCAGUUUUAUGGCAGUAUUGUGUUACUGUACUUUACACUAAGCUUUUAAAAUGAAUUGUUUUACAAGUGGUGCUUAUGCAUAGCUUGAUGACCAGAAUGUUAUUUUUAACAGAAUGAAUGAUUACUGAAGCGUUUCACCCUGGCUGGUCCUUCACUUGUGUUGGAUUUAGAAGUGAAUUUUUGGAAUAUGGCCUAUAGAAAACAGGGAAACAAAUCCAUAUAAACAUCCAUUUUGAAAGAGCAAUGGAAGCUAAAAAGGCUAUGAUACUAAUACCUACCUAACUAACAUGAAUUGUGUUUUUUACUGGUAGGAAGGAGAAUGUUAAAGGGCUCAGCCAAAGGAGUGCAGCAAUCAUAGUAACUGACACUUCCUCUCCUUGCAAGGUGUUCAAUGGACACACCCAAGCUAAGAUUCAGAAUACUGAAGUCUUCUGGAUUUUCACUUUUUAAAGAGGUGUGGGAGCAGAGGAAUGGAAACAAUCAUGAGUUUUUAAUCUAGGGAAGGUUGGAGAUCCUUUAAUCCUUUUAAAGGAGCAGUGCUACCCUAGAUAAACAAAUUUAUAAUCCUCCAUUGUUUUUUUAGAGUUUUAAUUAACCCAAGGAAGGGAACAUGUCUGUGGUAAACCACUCAAAUCCUCUGUUAAUGCUGCAUGCUUUAGUUUCUUCCUCCCUUUCAGUAUUAUAAGAACCUUAAAAUCAAUGUUUGCGAUCUUUCUUUGGAUAUUUAUACUUUUAGAUUGACAGUACCUUUAAGUAGCAGUGUGGGAAAAAGCUUGUAAAUGUUUUGUCUGAUGUUCCAUUGUCACCUUUUGUGCAUUUAUCACUCUUACGAAUUUAACUUUGCACAAGUAACCCAUGUAAAAAAAAUGUACAUUUUUCAAAACUUGUAAAUAAAAAUAACCUUAAAAA